CAGUCCUUAGUCACUCAGCCGCGACGCUGCGAGCAGCCCAGCUUUAUUGAGAGUCAGUGCGACAGUGUUGUGGAAUGGUCAGGAAUACAGGGUUCCUUUUUCGGAUGUGUCAACUCUUUAGUGUAAUAGGGGAAAUAUUUAAGUUGUCUUAACGGCUUAAGCGGGUAUAUUUGUCGGAGAGAUUAUCGUCAUCCUUGACUGGGAGGAUGGACAAUGGACACAUCAUUACUUUCAUGCCCUAAUGUAACUUAAGAAUUUCCAAAUGGAGAAGAAAUUGAAAAUUCAGUGUUGACAUACAAGAGGAAGCAUGAGGUUUUAAAAGUGUCUGCAGUGUUGACUGAGAAAGGAGCUAAGCUGUAGAUAAAUAAAGCCUGAUUUGCGGACAAUAAUAUAAACAUCAGGCGCACACACACUGACCUAGCAUAGCGAGUUGUGAUUCAGUACGGGACUUUUUAAUUUAUUUUCUAUAUUACAACAAGGUAUCACUAUAAAGAAACCCCUGGAAACCCAGCGGGACUGAAAUGACCAAGGAGCCCCAACCUUUGUGAAGGAUAAACACAUUCCACUAUGGCAGCUUUCUUCCUACUGUGUGCUUUAUCCAUUUUCGAGACUUCUUUAUCAGAAUUUGUUGCUGAUUUUUCUAUAAAUGAACAAGGACCCCCAGGACAACUGAUUGGGAAUAUUGCAACGAAAAGUAAUUUUCUUCAGAAGGCAAACCACUCAUCAGUCAUUUAUACAUAUCUAGAUAAAAAUAAUGCCUAUGCUGGUCUAUUCAGCAUCACCGAGUCCAAUGGGGAUUUGACAACAACUACAACCAUUGACCGAGAGAAUAUUCAAUGUAAAGAUCCACAGUGUAUUUUAACAUUUGAUGUGGCUGCAAACUUUGGUGAUUUUGAUGUCAUAACAGUAAACGUUCAUGUCAUAGACAUUAACGACAAUGCACCACAAUUUCCAAAAUCUUUAAUUACAAUCAACAUUUCGGAAACUUCUAGUGUUGGCCAUCUUGUUCAACUCCCAUCAGCCGUGGAUUUGGAUACAGGGGAGAAUAAUGGAGUUCAAAAUUAUGAAAUAUUCCCAGCCAACGUAACCUUUGGCCUUCAGACAAAGAAGAAACUGGAUGGAAGUUUUGACGUAAAAUUAGUGUUGCUUGAGAAUCUUGACAGGGAGAAAAAAGCUUUUUAUACGUGUAAGAUUUUCGCAAAAGAUGGAGGUGUAGAACAGAACAUCGGCACAUUGCAAGUUGAUAUAAAUGUUUUGGACGAUAAUGACAAUCCUCCUGUGUUUGGGGAGUCCAUUUACAAUAAGACUGUUCCUGAGAAUACCCUGCCCGGUACCACCAUUCUGAGAGUGACAGCCACUGAUGCUGACAGUGGAUUAAACGGAGAGCUGGAGUACCACAUCAGCCAAGGAGCCUACAGCGAUAUAUUCUCCAUCAACAACCGAACUGGGGAAAUUUUACUUCUGAAGAAAUUAGUUUACGAACCAAAUGAGAUCUUUUCUUUCUUUGUGGAAGCAAGGGACAAAGGAGCGAUUCCAAACUAUGCUCAGGUCAAGGUUAACAUACAGAUUCAGGAUGCUGGAAACAACCCACCAGUGGUCAAGGUCAAUUUGGUGUCAGGGAGUGCCGGGAAAGUCCUGAUUUCUGAACUGAUUAAUAUUGACGCGUUCGUGGCUCACGUCAGUGUGGAAGACUCGGACACAGGAAAAAACGGAGAAUAUGUGUGCUCCAUCUCCUCCUCCUUUUUUGACAUCAAGCCUCUGCAAAGUAAGGGUUACAAAGUCGUGGUGAAAAUACCUUUGGACAGAGAAAAAGCCAGUGAACACAACGUAACAGUUUCUUGUCAUGACUUAGGAACACCCCCAUUAUAUUCCUCCGUUAGUUUCAUCGUACAAGUUGGGGAUGAAAAUGACAACAAACCUGUGUUUCUCCAGCCGACCUACUUUGCAAGCAUAGAAGAGAAUAACCCUGUUGGAGUAACUGUCACUAAGGUUUCGGCCACUGAUAAUGACAUCGAUUUGAAUGCUCAGAUUCAGUACGUUCUCCACAGCGAUGCUGGGUCUUCGUUUAGUAUCAAUCGAAUCACCGGAGUCAUCAACGCCACUGGGGUACUAGACAGGGAGACCACUAGUGACUACUUAUUCCGAGUCUUAGCAGUGGAUGGUGGAAAGGAACCAAAAACCGGCACUGCCACAGUCAUUGUCAAUAUAACAGACAUCAACGAUAACAAACCCAAGUUUUCAAAAUCCCUUUUUACUUUUGAAGUGAGUGAGUUAAGCGACCCUUACACCCAUGUUGGCAGGGUCACUGCACAGGACCCAGAUUUGGGACAGAAUGCCUAUCUACAGUACUCCAUGUCUUCACAAGACAGGAAUGUUCCGUUUGAAGUCUCGCUCAAUGGAACUGUGAUUACCAGGGCUGAACUGGACAGAGAGUACAUGGGUCAGUACAAUUUCAUGGUGUAUGUUAGGGACAGUGGAAACCCCUCUCUGAACAGUUCUGCCUAUGUUACGGUAUAUGUCAUGGAUGCAAAUGAUAAUGCACCCAGAAUAUUGUUUCCCAACAAAAUGAACAACACGGUGUCCUCCACUGUGACCUCUUUACCGAUAACCAAGAUCAUAGCAGAAGACAAAGAUGAUGGCAUCAACAGGCAACUCACCUACUUCAUACAGACCGGAAACGACAAAAACAUGUUCAACUUGCACUCGCAGACUGGAGAAUUGUUCCUGAACCGUAACUACCAGUUCACGACCGAUCAGUCCGUCAGCUUAAUCAUCUGUGUGCAAGACGGUGGGCUUCCAGUGAAAUCAGCAUGUACCCAACUUAAUGUUGAGGUGUCCAUUAAUAAUGCCACUAUUGCUGAUGAGAAACCUGAAACAGACAAUAAGUAUAUUUACAUUUCUAUUGGUGUCAUCAUCUUUACUCUCAUCAUCUCCGCUGGCAUCGUGGUUGUUAUUCUGGUCAUCAGGAAGAAAGACAGUGAGCGCAAGAAUAACAAGUCUAGUCCUGGUCCCCUUGGGGUUCCCAUGCAGAAUGGGUACGCUCCCACUGGAACCUCUACCCUCCCCAAUUCUCACCCAGAGGCAGAGUACAUGGAGAGGAAGAAGGUGACGCUCAACGCGGGAACCAAUAGAGAGGGAAGUCUGGGCAGCUCCAGCCAUAACUACAGCUCCAACAUCUCACAAAAUAAUUUAUAUGACAAGCCCCCAUCUUAUUCCUCCCUGAGACCAGAUUCUAACAUGGAAGCCAUGAAACUUCAACAAAUUCUCCUGAAAAAAGACAACCAGGUUUCUACUAACGGGAGAGCCCACCCUUGUGACAGUAAUAGCGACACGUCAGGGGAAACAAUCCCGUCAGACAGCGGGCGAGGGGGCAGUGAGGAUGAUAAUCCAAGUACUGCACAUACAGCAGAUGAUUCCAGAUCAUUUGAUUUCUACCACAGCCAAUCAAUGUCUCCUUCUUCAUUUAUUUCAUCACUGCCCAGAAAGGACAGUAAACCCCCCAGACCUCCCCCUUGCCACAUUCCCAGCAGCAGUGAUAAAAGACACUCAGCUGUUCCAUUUCAUAGUGCUCAUAACAUGCCAUAUUCCCCCAUCUCAUACUCUUCACAUAAUGACUCGGACCAGUGGGACUUCGUGAAGUCCCCCUACAACUCAAGUGUUCACAAAGACUAUUUCAAUCUUGUUGGCGGUGGCAGCCUUAUUAGCACCAACAAGUCGCGGGAGGAUGAUGACGAUGCCGCUACAACCACAUCGGGCAGCUACACCAUUAACCCAGAGGACCUGGAUGAUGAUCUUAACUACCGAUGCUCUAAUGACUUCAUCGUGUAGUGAUGUCAUUUUGUGUGUGUGUGACUGUGCUUUACAAGUUCACGUACUACAAUUCACCAUAUUGUACUGAGUACCAGAGAUCGUAGUCAAGACUUCGUAUAUGCAGACCUGCCAAAAAAUUAUCUAAAUAUGAGUGUAUUCAGAUGAUGCAGGAACAAUUUUUUUUAAUGCCAGUAUUAAACGAUCAAGACACAAAACUAGAGCUGAUCAUAAGAAAUCUACAAAGCUGGUGUAGCUUUAAUCUGUGAUGCAUAAUUUCAUUCCAUUAUUGAACUGCUUUGCUCAUUUUCUCCGAAUUUCAUUUCUGGAUUUUUGAAAGCUUUGUGUUUUAUUGGACCAUUCCAGGACCGCAGUGUUAAAGCUUUAUCAUUGUAAAAGCUUUAUUGGAGGCAACAACUUUGUUGUUUUAUUAGUUAUAUGCCAAGUUACAAUUUAUGCUCAUUAUUUUACAUGUUAUUAUAUAUUAAACCUUAAUAAAAAACAAAAAACAGAUAUGAACAAAAUAAUGUA